AUGGGGUUUAACAACUGGGCCCGGUACGAAUGUAAUCUUGACCAGACCCUCUUCACCGAUACUGCUGACUGGAUGGUAACCCAUGGGUUGUUGAAGGCUGGGUAUGAUACCGUGACGGUGGAUGAUUGCUGGAUGACCAUGGAUCGUGAUCCGGGGAUGCUUUGGUUGGGGAAAUAUCUCCAUGAGAGGGGGUUCAAGUUUGGGAUCUAUCAGGAUGCGGGCUACAAGACUUGUGGAGGCUACCCUGGGUCGUUGGGGCAUUAUGACAGGGAUGUUGCUCAGUUUGCUGGGUGGGAGGUCGAUUUUAUUAAGCUGGAUGGGUGCUACAUUAACAAGAACGAGUCCCUGCCAGAAAGUCCUACCCUUGAACCGACAUUCCGACAGCUCUACCAGGGGUUCGGACUCGCCAUCCAGUCCCAACCGCGGCCUAUGGUCUACUCUGAAUCCGCCCCCGCCUACUUUGCGGGACUUUCUGCAGGAACCGGAGACCGAGUCGGGAGGGACUGGUAUAAGGUCCAUACCUGGAUCGGACAAUACGGACAGCUCUGGCGGCACUCGACAGAUAUUUCGGUCUACAAGAAGGAUGGCAAGUCUCGAUGGCCGAGCGUCAUGACCAAUUACCGCUUCAACAUCCGUCUUGCCCGGUUCCAGAAACCUGGCAACUGGAACGACCCGGACUUUAUUAUCACGGGCGAUGAUGAAGGCCUGACUAUCGAGGAACAGAAAUCCCAGUUCGGCCUCUGGUCCAUCAUGGCCGCCCCCCUUAUCCUCAGCACAAACGUCAAAGCCCUGAGGGCCGACCAAAUCGCCUACCUGACCAACCCAGAAAUCAUCGCCAUCAACCAGGACCCCCUGGGAAUCCAAGGCCGCAUCGCCUGGCGCACCAACGACGACAGCGACGUCCUCGUCAAACCCCUCCAAAACAUCUCCAUCCGCGCCGCUGCAGUCCUCAACAAGAAAAACACCGUCUCGACCAUUGCCGUCCCCUUCUCCCGACUCGGCUACACCUUCCAACCAUCAACCGUCCCAAGCGGCUGCGAAUAUCUCGUCCGCGAACUCUUUUCCCAAUCCGAAGAAACCCUCAAAGUCUUCAACCCCCGCAACGAGUCCCUUACAACCGUCCUUAGACCACAUGCAACUGCACUCUUUAAAAUCACAACCCUCACCAACCAGGCCGCCUGCAGACCCACCCUCCCCACGGGCGCCAUCUACCUCACAUCCCCCCUCCUCUGCAUGGACGUCUUCAACUCCGAGACUGCCCCCGGAACCCCCGUCCUAGCAUUCCAAUGCACCCGUAACGAGAACCAACUCUGGCAAAUAUCCUCCAUCCCCCCACCCUUCGAGAACCCACAAGCCUCUGUCGAAGGCGCCGGGGCAGACCCCAAGUCGUUGCUCUGGAUCAAGACCCUCGACAACCUCUGCCUAGACACCGAGCUGACGAAUGUGGCCCCCGCACCGGGUUCCAAGAUCGUCAUCAAUCCUUGUGAUGCUACCCGCGAGACCCAGCAGUGGACUUAUGAUCCUAUGCUCGGCACUUUGUUCCAUAUGUACACGGGUUUCUGCGCCGAUGCUCCUGGCGCGGCUACGAUUGCUGACGUGUCGCUUAUUCCUUUGAGGCUCUGGAAGUGCGGUGACCAAAAGGACAGCCAAGUCUGGUCCAUGCCCGCCUAA